CAGAAAUCAAUGCCGACAAUUGUGUCCCAGACACACGUACACUGAGCUUCUUGUGGUGGGCGUUUUUGGAGCUACUCUCACACUCUGCAUCUGCCUGUUAGAGAAAGAAAGAGAAACAAUGCUCACUCGCACCCCUUAACCACCUCCUCCUUCCCUUCAUCCCUUCCAUUUCUAUUUUCAGCCAUGUCGUUUUUCUUUGCCAUUUCUUUGGAGCAUAAGCGCAAACAAUAAUUCUUUGGAGUACAUACCUUAUAUAUUGCGUCGCUCCGGACGACUAAUAUUACUUUCUUUUCCGUUUUUGGCAAUUGUAUCGUACACGGCACAGACACAAACACCCAUUUCGUUUAAAGGCUUAAAGAUUGAUUCUUUCCGCUUUCCAUUUCAUUUUCACGGAUCUGAAGUUCAGUUUUCUUACUGUUUGGAAGGACUUACACAGAUUUUAGCAGGCGAGUAUGUUGAAGCUACAACCUACUAGAAAUCUGAGGUCCAGAGGCUUUAAGGUGAAACAUUUUCUUCAGAUAUGUCUGUUGCUUGCAAUUUGCUUCUGGUUGCUUAACCAACUCAAGAACUCGUACAAUGCGAAAAAGGAAUAUGAGGAUAGCACUGGAAAUAUAUCAGAAAUGGAGCAAAAUGGGCAUGAAAAUAUAAAACUUGGGAGGAAAGGCCUGCAUCCUCGAGUUGAUGAAGCAACUUCUUUGGCAGAAAGCCAAGGGGAUAAAGCAGAAUUUGAAGAAGAGAUUGAAGAGAUUAAGCCCGAAGAUGUUGAAGAUGAUGGAAGAGGCGGUGGAGAUGAUGAGAUUGAUGGACAUGAUCAAGAUCGAGCAGAAGAGGAAGAAUCUGAUGAAGUAGAAGAUUUGAUUGAUGUAGAUGAUCGGGAGAGGGAUGUGGGAGGUGAAGAGCAAGAAAGUGAAGAGAAAAGCAAUCGAGUUGAGGAAGUAAGUUCGGUAAAUGAUCAAACGCAAAAUAAAGGAGUGAGAAAUUCACUAGAGGAACAUUAUAAGGGUGAUGAUGCUUCCAGUUCUGUGCAACACAACACGCGGACUCUAAGCACUGAAAUUGGUGAUAAUGGUGAAAUUGAUUCAGCCAAUGAGAAACCCCAAGUUAUGCUCAAUUCCAGAUUAAUGCUUAUGGAUAAAUCUCAUUUGCUGAAUGAAAAAGAUACACUUCCAGAGAAAAUUCCCAACUCAAAAGGAACAGCUAUUGGAAAACACAGAUUCCUGCAAGCUGUUUCUAGGCAGCAAUAUAGAAGCUCCAAUGAAGCCAUAAAAAGUAGGCAACCAAAUAUUAACUCAACAAUUUCCACUAUGUCUCCUAAUUUAGAUGCAGUUGAUUCUGGGAUAGCAACUGUCUCUAGGUCUAUGGUAACAGAACAGAUUAUGAAGCUUGGCGCCGCUGCUUUAUCAGAGGGAAAGAUAACUUUUGCAGCCAUCAAUGAGAAUAAUUAUACAGCAAACAGUAAAGGUUCUGAAUCUGUUGCAAAUGUAAUAGCAGAGACUGCAGUGAAUUAGUGAAGAUAUAGGCUACACCAAAUGCUCGCUUAUGCCCUAAUCCAACAUAAAACCAGAAGAUAGAGAAGAUUUACUUAACUAGAGAUGAUGAGAGCUAUUAACAAAUGCAAAUGCAAAAUGCAAAAGAGUGAUACAUCUUGAUAAUUACGCCAUAUAGGUUCAGGUUCACCCCUUUUAGAUUGGGGGAUUUAAAAUACUCCCACAUUUUUACAAUUAUCUUGUAGUUUUGCAAUUGUACAUAUAUCUCUAAUAUAUAUGCCUCUCUUUUAUGCGUCAAA